AGCACCUCUACUGCCGCCUCGACGCUUCUACUGAGCUUUCGGACGUAACGUCUUUGCUCGAAGAUGGGAGCACAUCACGAACCCGUUUGGAUGGAAUGUACGUGGAGUGGCAGGACGAGUUUAUAUCGGACGAGGGUACCAGAGAGAAACUUAAGGCUAAUUCAUUGAAUAAGUACUCAGAAUGAGCAAGUAACAAACUACACGAACAAUAACUGAGUAUCUGAGAUUAUCCUCCAGCAUACUUGAGUAUCUCAGUGGUUUUUCGAUUACAAGAAGUCCAUCUUACUUUAUUCCCAGCUAUAAUAUCUUGGUCGUCCUCCCGUUUGUUUUUCCACACCAGGAAAUCAACAAUUACAGGGAGAACCAAGAUGAAUCCGAAGAUGGAUUCAACAUUCUCUUAGUUGUUCUAAGACACUCCGAGACCUGUGCAAAGUGCCAGACUGCACUGUGGGAGUG